GCUUGUUCAUCUUGUUAAUUAAUUUACAGUUUUGUUGUUUAAUUGUUAUUUUAAUAGUUUAUUUGAAUUGUAGUUGGGUUGAAUACUGGAGUUGUGGAUUACUUGAUUUAUAAUUGCAAUUUGAUAUGUUGUUUGUUAACUUAUAUGCUUGCUGACUGAUGUAUUCCGGAAGGACCUUGAUGGUCUUAUUUGAUGUUGUCUGUUCUACAUUAGUUGUUUCCCCUGGAGGUUUUAUCUGUAUUUUGUUAGUAGUUUCUUUUGGGGGUUUUUUUGGUAUAGGGCAGCCAUGUGCUUUCUGUAUGUAUUUCAGAAAUAGUGCGCAUAUCUUGAGAUAUACACCCGGGUGUUUAAUCGAAUUUUCUACGGGUAAAUCCUAGUUAUUUAUUGGAGGAAAACAAUCUCUAUCCAUGGUAUUAGAAGUUCCUAGUUUGUUUGAUUAGCCGCUUUUGUGUGUAGGGAUAUGGGGAUAGAGAGAGAGCAGAGUAGCACAUCCGAAGCCGAAAGAGAGGAAAAAAGAAUUGUGAUGCUGGCAUGGAGCGAUGAACGCUUGCCUUCGGAAAGACUACAAGGUGGUACUCAAUUAUAUCACACUCGUGCAGAAUUUCACUCGGUGGAUCUGAAGCACAAUAUAUUAACUCGUUCUUGCUUUCCUUCAAUUAUCAUGACUAAGUUCUUUUCAUCUGCCAUGGUGUCAUCUUUGAAUAAAUUUAUCUACUUAGUGGGAGUGGGAGGAGCGCGAUUAUCUGUUGUCCAAUCAUCUAAUGAGUCUUCCUCUUCCAACCACACAUUCUACUCCGGCGGUUCAUGUCUUGACAUGUCUGAUGAGGCUCCAGUGUGGUGUCCAGCUCCUGUCUUCGUUGAGGAUCACACUUCUCCCAACUAUGUUAGCUUUCUUGGCAAUAUUUACAACUUUGGAUCUGUUUGCCUUGCGCCCCAGGUUCUUGAAUGUGGUGCCCUUGGCCACUGUAAGUCAAUUCGCUAUCUCCCUAUCCCUCAAAGCCUUGCUGGUUGUAGUGUGUCUGUUCCUGUACUUCCCGACCCUUCCAACAAACGCAUUCUUAUGCGCCUCUAUGGUGGUCCCCUUUCGUCGCCUUCCCUCUAUGCUUUCACUCCCGAUCCUGAUGCUGAUGCUAUUGGGACAUGGGAAUGUCUCACCUCUGAUUUCCAUCUCUGGGCUCAUGCUGCUGCUGUUGUUAAUGGGGUCAUAUAUUUUCACUGCCAUAAAGUUCCAUCUCUUCUUUGUGCUUUUCAUAUAACCAAGAAAAUAUGGUUGAAAGUCGGGUGGGAUUCGUGCUUUAAGGACAAUGUUAAUAUGAAUGUCGAAACAAAUAAAUUCGAUGCAAUGCUUCAUUUGGGCCACAAUAUUUUGUGCUUUGCUGGUUGGACACCAAUAUAUUACCGGACUGCUGUUUUUACCAUCGAAGUCAUAUUUUACAAGUUCCAAGUGUUGGUCACCGGUGAAACUGUAACCGUCAAGGUCUGUGACUCCUACUCAUAUGAACUUCCGGGAAGUACCAAUGUGUAUCAUUUCCUCCCCAUUUAGCAGGUGUAGGCCACUGGAUGCUCCUGCAUGAUCAGCAAAACUCAUGCAGAUUGACCACUUCAAAAAGGCGCUCUUGCUUGUGGAGUGAAAUUCAGCUGAAUGAAAAACUGAUAUGUGAUCUUAGUUUUAAAAGCGGGUGCCUAAGCGUGACACUGGGCUCAAGGUGCACUUGGGUGCCAAGAAAAACACCUCUGGAGGCUGAGGCACAUACCCCUUCGAGAGGCGCAAAGGCGCAGGCUUUUUGGGCUUUUUUUUGUUUAUUUUUCAUUUUUAAACCUUUUGAGCCUAACCCACUAGAGGCGCACACCCCUCUUGCGCCUAGGUGCACCUCUUGCAUGUGAUUAAGCUGAAUUCUUUUAAUUUCAUAUUCUCUCCAUAGAGGAAGAGGUAGUUAAUCUCUCUGCAAAGGUAGUUAAUGGAUUCUGUAAGGUAAAAAAAAAAAAGGAUAUAGCCUUUUGAGUUCUAAUGCAUUGAUGAUUAGUUAAAUUGCACUUUAGGGCCUUGUCACUUCUGUUAACUAGAGGUUUGAAAUAUUCCCACUUAAUACUAUGAGUCCAUGACCCAUGAGGUACAAUGGUUGAAAUUCCAUCUAAUUUGAUAAUUUUAUAGGUGCAAGUGUGUAACAAAGUGUGAGAAUCAACUGUGAACAUAAUAUUGGAUUUUCAUAUAAA